AUGUUCAGCCGGGGUUGCGGGAUGACCAGUGAAAAUAUGAAGGAACGUUGGGACCAGCUAGGCCUACCACCGAUGGAGUUGGCUGAGUCAUCGGGAAAUAAUUCAACGAAAAUUAUUAUUGUCACUGGGAAUAAUGACCUUCCAAAUGUAACACUUCACAAUAUGGAAUUAUAUUCUAUUCAUUUGGAUUCACAAGCGAAAAACGAAACAUCUGAACAAGAACAAAUAUUAGAUCCUUUGAUCCUAGAAAGAAAGAAAAGAGAAAUAACUUCAGCAAAAUCAACGGAAAACAUGGAAGAACCCAUCAUUUACAGUGAUGAACAGUUACAGAAAUCUCGGGAGCUUAUGCUUGAGUAUGAUGCACACUGUAAAGAAGAAAAUAAAAACCAAAUCUGCAAAGACUUGGUUAUGAAAUUGAGAGAGCUACAACACAAUGAUGAAAUGAAAAGUAAAGAAGAUGAAACUAAAAUGAAUUUAGAUGUCAACAAUAACGUACAAAGAGACGCUGAUGAAGAAAUUUAUGAGCCGUCUUCUGACUACUUACAUACACAACAUCACGAUCAUCCAAUAAUGUCUAAAGCUAGGUUUUUCUCACCCUCCGUGCAUACGCCAUAUUUCCAAGAGCGUAAAAUGGAUAUGCAAAGGCCAAAAAUACACCCGCAAGAUCUUGAUAUAUUCAUGAGCAUGCUAACGCCAAAAGCAGCAGCUACACCUAGGGAAAGCAAUCAAACUAAAGCAUCUCGAGAAGCCAUGUGUCCACGAGGCACUGUGUCCUGUCUUAGUGGAGACACGUGUAUCGAUGAGAAGCAGUGGUGCGAUGGCAACGUCGACUGUGUUGAUGUCAGUGAUGAAGCAAGCUGCGCUUGUAAGGACAGAGUCGACAAGUCUCGUCUCUGCGACGGAUACUUUGAUUGCCCUUUUGGCGAAGACGAAAUGGGCUGCUAUGGUUGCAGCGAAACUAUGUUCAGUUGCGAAGAUUUAGACAUCAGUGCUCAAAGCACUUGCUUCUCUAAAGAGCAGAGAUGCAAUAACGUUGUAGACUGUCCCAACCACAAAGAUGAACUGGAAUGCAACAUGCUAGCUCCGAGCUUACUCAAAAAACCAUUGUUUGCCAUUUCAAAUACGGAAGGUUUCCUGCAUAGAAACUUCAAAGGCGAAUGGUAUGCUGUGUGCAAGAACCCCUACAUGUGGGCUCAUGAUGCUUGCCGUCGAGAGACCGGUGUCAUUAUAAGGCCUCCUUUCAUCAGCACCGUCCCAAUUGAUCCAAUGGUUAAGGUUAACUACUUGAACACUGGUCCUGGAGGUCUAAUUCAAACAAGCGACACAUGCAUGAAUUCGUCAGCUGUUUAUGUCACCUGUCCUGACUUAAUAUGUGGGACGCGAGUGCAGUCUACGUCACAACUGCUUAAACAGAGUAAUGUUAUGGAAAAUCGUUUGUUUGGACGAAACAAAAGAUAUUUCCCAACAAGUCAUGCCUAUCCUCCGAUGUUUUACGGAAACCGCUAUAAAAGGGAUGUGAAAGAAGACAGAACUAUGACCAAUUACGGAAUGAAAAUCAAUAGAUCCUUUGAUACAAUGAGGAACAAAAGAACUGAGAGCAGGGUGGUGGGAGGAAGACCUAGCCAGCCGGCAGCUUGGCCUUGGAUGGUUGCUGUGUACAGAAACGGCAUGUUCCAUUGCGGUGGUGUUGUCAUUAAUCAUAGCUGGGUGAUAUCUGCUGCUCAUUGUGUCAGCAAGUUCUGGAAAUAUUAUUACGAAGUACAAGUUGGAAUGCUGCGUCGUUUUUCAUUUUCACCACAGGAACAAAGUCACAGAGUGACUCACGUCAUAGUCAAUCAAUUUUAUAGCCAGACUGACAUGAAAAACGAUAUGUCUCUAUUGAGAGUUGAGCCCGCCAUUCAGUUUAGCCGAUGGGUGCGACCGAUUUGUUUACCAGGCCCCGAUACAGCUGGUCCUGAUUGGCUUUGGGGACCCGCUCCUGGCACGAUCUGUACCGCUGUUGGUUGGGGAGCUACAACGGAACAUGGCCCCGAUCCCGACCACAUGCGUGAAGUAGAGGUACCUAUUUGGGAAAACUGUAAACAUCGAGAAGACCAGACUGGAAAAGAAAUAUGCGCUGGAUUCGUUGAAGGUGGAAAAGAUGCAUGCCAGGGUGAUAGUGGCGGCCCGCUUUUAUGUAGAAAUCCUUUGAAUUCUCAACAAUGGUACAUGGCAGGCAUCGUGAGUCACGGAGACGGGUGCGGUCGUAAAGAUGAGCCCGGUGUUUAUACUCGCGUCAGCCUCUUUGUAAAAUGGAUUAAAUACUAUAUAUCGUCCAAUACAUUACCUACUAUUCAACCGAUACAAGAAUGUCCUGGAUUCAAAUGUGACACUGGGAUUUCCAAAUGUCUUCCAAUGAAAAGAAGAUGUGACAAAAUAGUCGAUUGCUUAAAUGGAGAAGAUGAGACAAGGUGUGAUUUCACAAAAGCUUCAUUUACUGACAACAUACUUAUGGAAACAAAAAACACACUAGAAGAACUGUUGGAAAGAAAAGAAGCCGAAACAGAAGCUACUAUUAAGAGUAUUGAUCGGAAACAGGAAGAUACAGUGUCAACUGUGAUGCCAUUGGACAAAGAAACUAAAAAACCUCAACUUGACAACGAGCAACACCUAUCUUCAACAGAAAAUAAUGAAGGAAUAUCUACUGAUUGGAGUCAACCAAAUAUAAUGCCAACUAGGAUACCAUUUGAGGAACAAACUCCAAAACCACAACUUGAAAACGAACAGAAACCUCUAUCUUCAAUAGAAAAUAUUGAAGGAAUGUCUACUGAUUGGAGUCAACAAAAUAUAAUGCCAACUAAGAUACCAUUUGAGGAACAAACUCCAAAACCACAACUUGAAAACGAACAGCAACUCCUAUCUUCAACAGAAAAUAAUGAAGGAAUGUCUAUUGAUUGGAGUCAACAAAAUAUAAUGCCAACUAAGAUACCAUUUGAGGAACAAACUCCAAAACCACAACUUGAAAACGAACAAAACCUCUCUUCAAUAGAAAAGAUGCACUUAAAUAAUCAAGAAUGGGAAAGUAAAAAGAUAAUAAAAGAAAAGAAAGAAGACAUCAUCAGCAAAGAAAACACAGAUGAGCAACCAAAGAUUGUAGAAGUAACAACAGACUUUUCACAGACUACGCUCGAAAAUAAUGAUGGAAGAUCAGAGGGUGUCGUUUCUUCAAACGAUAUGGCCACUAAUCCCGUAGUAGAAAUGACAACUGUCAGUCGUGGUGAUACAGAAUUUAUAACAAUUGGUUUCGAUCCAGCCUCUCUCGAAUCAGGGUCAUCAAUAUUAGAUUCGACAAUAAAAUCUAUGACAUCAAGUGAUGAUUCGGAUGUUGAAGAAAACGCAAUAAAUAAUGUUUUUGAUCAAAAUACUGUGAGUUACAUAGAAACAUCUACUUCUGGUUUAGCAUUGAAAGAAGUUGAAGAUCAAGAAAAGGAAUCAUCGUCGUUAUCAAGCAAAGAAAAUGUUGCAAAUGGUCACAAUGACAACGAUUCAGGCUUAAUUGUAAAACUUCUGCCAGAAUCGGAAACCAUAUCUCCUGACCUAGAAGCCGACUCAAAACUCAUUCAUGAAGAACUUCAGACAAUUACCGCUAAUAUUAAUCAGGAAAAUAAAGGUUCCAAAUCUCUUCCGGACACCGAAGAUUUAAAUCAUCUUGAAAAUAUAGUGACAUCUGAGCUAGAACCACCCAAAUCAAGGAGAAAGCAUCGCAACCCUCCCACAUUUGAAUGCAGAAGAAUUAAGCAAACCAUACCUUAUCACCAGCGAUGUGACAGAAAAGCGGAUUGCGAGGAUGGCACUGAUGAACUCGACUGCACUUGUACUGACUAUUUGAUAACUUUUGACAACAAGCUUAUAUGCGAUGGAAUAUCGGAUUGUGCUGAUGGGCAAGAUGAACAGGACUGUUUCAGUUGCCCAGAAGAUCAUUUCUUGUGUAGUAAAAGCCAGGUUUGCUUACCCGAAAAACAUGUCUGUGACGGAAAACGAGAAUGUCCUCUAGGCGAAGAUGAAAUGAAUUGCUACGCUUUAUCCAACGGUCAAGACAUGGAAUUUGAUUUAGAUGAAAGACCGCUGGUAAACCUAGAAGGUUACUUAACAAAAAAACACUUCAACAAUGAGUGGCAUGUACUUUGUUACGACGAAUUAUCAACUGAGAAGCAAGAACAGGCUGCUACGCAUAUUUGUCGCUACCUAGGAUUUAGUGGCGCAAAUAGAUAUCCUGUGAAAUACAUCAACAUCAACGAGAAUGAUAUCAUGAGGAUCGGAACACACAACAAUAGGCACCGAAGAGAUACAAUUAGGCGUGCUCCUGUCCACUUCGCCUACAGACAGGAAGGUUCAGACAAUGAUACAAGUCGACAUACUAUCAUUAAAAGUCCACAGGUACUAAAAGAAGAAUGUGUACCAAACGUAACAAAAACUUGUAAAGCUUUGUAUGUUGCUUGUGACAAUUCUCUCUUCACCAACUUUGAAGAUGAAGACGAUUCAGACAAUAGCGUGUUCAAACGAGAUUCAUCGGUCAGUAACCGAGAAUGGCCUUGGGUUGCGAAGGUCUUUGUUGAAGGCGACUACAGAUGCACUGGAGUUUUAGUUAAUUUAUCCUGGGUCUUAGUAAGCGAUUCGUGUCUUUGGGAUACCACCCUUUCUCAUCAUUUUAUAACAGUUGUGCUAGGAUCUCAUAGAACUUUAGAAGGUCUGACCAGCAUGCAUGAACAAGUUUAUCAAGUUGAUUAUAAGAAGGACAUUUAUCGCAGCAAAGCAACAUUGUUGCAUCUAAAAGAACCAGCACAUUACUCAAAUGUCGUAAAGCCCAUGAUUGUUGCUUCUCCCUAUACUCCGGAAGAGAAAUCGACUUGCGUAGCCGUUGGUCAAGACUAUAAAAACAAUACAAUAAGUGUAUUUUUGGAAGAAACUAAUGAAAACUGUCACCCUAGCAAUCGUUGUUUCAAACGAAAAUCAACGGAAAGUAUUUGCCCGGCUGAGGUCCAAUCAAACCAACAUUGGGCUGGUAUCAUAAGUUGUCAUACUGACCAUGGAUGGUAUCCUGCUGCUACAUUCGUUGAUGGCAGAGGAGAAUGUGGAUUAAAAGACCAUAUUAACGCUACAGAUCUAGACCACCUUAAACACGAAAUACAUAGACACUACGGUAAGAAGACACUGCCGUCUCAAAUCGAUAAGGAAUUUGGUGAACACUGCGAAGGAAUGCGAUGUGGAAGAGGUCGGUGUGUUGGAUUGCUUCAAGUUUGUAACGGUGUUAGAGAUUGCGAAGAUGGUAAUGACGAAUCUGAACAAGCCUGUGAGAAGAAACACACAAUGUGCGAUAAAGAUCCGUACUAUAAAGGAUGCGAAUGUUCAGUCGGUCAAAUGAAAUGCCACAACGGCAAAUGCAUAUCGAAGGAACUAUUCCAAGAUGGCCGCGACGAUUGUGGUGACGGUACCGAUGAGCCUGGUCACUCUGUCUGUUCAGUCUACUUGGCUAGAGUUAUGCCUUCGAAGCUGUGUGAUGGAAUUCUCAACUGCCAUGAUAGGAGCGAUGAAGAUCCUAUGUUCUGCAAGUGUUUCGCGAAGAAGAGUUAUAAGUGCGGUUCUAAGUUAGGCGUCGAUCACUGCGUGGCUCCAGAUAUGGUGUGUGACGGUGUUCGGGAUUGUCCUAAUGGAGAAGAUGAACAGGUCUGCAUAGGACUCAACGCUCCACAAGGAACACCAUACGGAACCGGUCAAGUGACGGUCCGGCGUCAUGGCGUGUGGCAUUCCAAGUGCUAUACCUCACCGAACCACACUAAAACCGAAUUGGAAGCAAUCUGUUCAGAAUUAGGUUUCAAGAGCGGACAUGCGAAGCAAAUCAAAGAAAUCGAAAAUUUCGUAGUUCAUCCGUAUAAUAACUUAGUGGUCGACCCCUUCAACGAAAUUACGCUCAAUAAUAAUACAGUAAUAAAAAUGAGAAAUUCACACGAGCCAAUAGCUAAGGCGGUGUUCGAUGAGAAUCUAAAGGAAUGUUACCCAGUUUUUAUAGAAUGUCGUUAGGCUACCCUAUGUUAUUUAUUUUAUUUAUUUAUG